UGCUGCGUUAUUUCCUGGACUACCAGUGGUUUGUGGACUUUGCUGUCUACUCCACCGCCGUCUAUGUCUUCACUGAGGGCUACUACUGCCUGGUGGACCCCCAGAAGGAGAUGAACAUCGGGGUGCUCUGGUGCCUGCUGACAGUUGUCUUCUCCGUCAAGGUCUUCUUCAUGGUGAUGCGCCAUUACUUCCGCUCAGAGGAGGGGGGCGAGCGCUCCGUCUGCCUCACCUUCGCCUUCUUCUUCCUCCUCCUCGCCAUGGUGGCCCUGGUCAUCACCGACCGGGAGAGCAUCCUGAAGCAGCGGGCCUGGAAGUGGACGCUGCCCGUCGCCAAGCUGGCCCUCAAGCUGGGGGUCCUGCUCCACGGGAGUUUCCUGGCGCCCGUCCUCGUGGUGGUGAUGUGGGUCAAGCCCAUCUCACGGGACUUCCUGCUCCACGCGCCCAUGGGCAAGCAGACAGUGCAGAU